UAGAGUCCUCUGAGACCGUUAUUUUACAUUACAACUGUCUAAAAGCAAAAGCAUAGACGUGUACAUAAUGUGUUCCCCGAGGAAAAUAACCAGUGCUGGAGUAAGAUUACGCUGUAAAUGUAUCAAGAACUUGGAGCCAAGCAUGAAAAAGGCGACCAAGCCCACGGCCGCCACCUCCAGAACCGCAUCGGGCACUAAGGCCCCAGGCAGACCAGAGGGAAGCAGCAUUAUGGGCACAGGUGGCAAGAUGACAAACAAAACCCAUAGUGCAGCUCCACUGUCUAAGGCAAAGAGCAAUGAUGAUCUCCCAACGGUCAGUGCAGGAAGUGGAGCAGUGUCCAUUAGCAACAGUAACACUACUGCUAGAAACAAGAGAGGAACCUCCUCUCAGAAGACCAGCAGCACUGAGAACAGGUCCAAGACCAGUUCAGUAGGUCUUUCAGGAAGGCGUGCCAUGUCAUCCACAGCCAAGGAUCCAGGCACGACCCGAGAAAACUUGCGAGAAAGAACCAGAGCCAGUGCUACCAAAAAGCUUACCGGACCAACUGAUGCCAUGCCUCAGAAGCGGUCACGAUGCCAUACUGUAGCUGAAACUGAGUCUCGCAUGACCAAAUCUCGCUCAGACAGUCAGGUAAGCCAUAAAGCAGUGCUGGAGUGUCAAGUGAACGACCUGCUGGGCUUAGCCAAGAGCAAAGACCUGGAGAUCCUCCAUCUCCGAUCUGAACUUAGAGGUAUGAAGGCCCAGCUUGGUCUGGAAGAACUUGAAGCCCCUGAUCCCGAACAAGGUUCUCAAGAAACCAAGCAGCCUCAAGAGAAAGAGGUUUCUCCUGUGAUCAGUGCCACUGAUGUGGAGUCCACUCUCCUCCUCCUUCAAGACCAGAACCAGGGCAUCCUUGAUGAGCUAAAUAUGCUGAAAAGUGAAAACCGAAUGCUGAAGGAUCGCCUCAAUGCUCUUGGCUUCUCUCUGGAGAACCGUUUGGACAGCCCUAACAAAGGUCUGCGUUGCCCGUCCCUUAGUCCUGAGCCUGUAGCUUCCGGCAGCAGUGGAGGUCAGCGUGAAAGCAGAGGAGGUAGCUUGCGCACGUCUUCCGCAGAAGGCUCUGCCCAAGGCUCUACCGAGGACCUUCUUUCAGAACCGAGACGUGUAGGUUCUCCUGAUGCAGUGGACAGUGAGUGCAGUGAGGCCUACCAGCCAAUCACCUCUAGUGAUGAUGCUCUGGAUGCGCCCUCAGGUUGUGGAUCGUCUUCUGAAUCAGAAGGAGGACCACCGAGCCGGGAAAAUUCCCGCAGGGGCAGCAGCGGGAACACCGGCGAGGUUUCCGUGGCUUGCCUGACUGAGAGAAUCCAUCAAAUGGAGGAGAACCAGCACAGCACAUCAGAAGAACUCCAAGCCACCCUGCAGGAGCUUGCUGAUCUGCAGCAGAUCACACUAGAGCUGACCACGGAGAACGAACGCCUGGGCGAGGAGCGCGCCAUUCUUGUCGACUCCCUCUGUCAACAAGGGGAGCGUCUGGAACUGUACGGAAGACAGCUGGACUACUUCCGGGGCCUUCUUGACGAGCACCGGGUGGCGUAUCCCAAGGAUGACGAAGAUGCCAAAAGCGGGCGCUAUGUGGAGCUGGAGAGGCGCUACGCCGAGCUGAACGAGGGCUCGCAUUUUGAGCGGGAGCAACUGCUGGGUGUGCAGCAACAGCUAAGCAGUGCUCUCAAGAUGGCGGAACAGGAGAAUGCAGAAGCCCAAGGCCUGAUGGCAGCAUUGAAGGAGCGUGUCCAUAUGGCAGAGAGAGCUGUGGAAAUGGAACGGAGGGAGCGGACCGUCGCCAAAGCCGAGUUGGAAGCGCUGAGGGUGGUGUCUGAAGGGGAGCAGGUGGAGCUGAACCGCUGCAGAAUCCAACUUGAGCAAGAGAGGCAGAGAGUGGCCCAGCUCCUCUCCAUCCACAAUGCAGGGGAUAAGACCGACAUACGCCACCUUCUGGACAGCGAGAGAUUAGACAAGGAGCGUGCGGAGGCCAAAGCAGCUCAGUUACAAGAGGAACUGGGGCACACGCGCAGUGAAGCUGCCCAGCUACAGGAGGCAAUUAGUAAGCUUGAGGGUGAGUUCCGAGCAUUUCGUGUCGAUAUCCAGGCACAGUUAGCGGAGCAGAAGCGGCUCCUGGAGCAGCAGUGCUCUGAGCUAGAGGAGAAGGAUACAGAGAUCGCUGACAUGAAGGAGACCAUCUUUGAGCUGGAGGAUGAAGUCGAGCAGCAUCGGGCUGUCAAGCUUCAUGACAACCUCAUCAUUUCCGACCUGGAGAAUUCCAUCAAAAAGCUUCAUGAUCAGAAAUAUGAUAUGGAGAAGGAGAUUAAGGUUCUUCACCGUAAAUUGCGGGAGGAAUCAGCCGAGUGGCGUCAGUUCCAAGCUGAUCUGCAAACGGCCGUUGUCAUCGCCAACGACAUCAAGUCAGAAGCUCAGGAGGAGAUUGGAGACAUGCGGCGCCGCCUACAGGAUGCUCAGGAGAAAAAUGAGAAGAUGAACAAAGAGCUGGAUGACCUAAAGAGCAAGAAGCAGGAAGAGGAGCGUGGUCGUGUGUAUAAUUAUAUGAAUGCCGUGGAGCGAGACCUGGCUGCCCUGAGACAAGGGAUGGGCCUUAGUCGACGUUCCUCCACUUCCUCUGAACCAUCGCCCACCGUCAAAACACUUAUUAAGAGCUUCGACAGCGCCUCGCAAGGUCCUGUUCCAACCAGUCCGGUUGCUGCUGCUGUUGUUGCUGCCGCCGCUAUUUCCAGAACCCCCCUCAGUCCCAGUCCAAUCAAAACCCCUCCAGCCGCUGCUGUCUCUCCUAUACAGAGACACACCAUGAGCUCAGCCAAACCUCUGUCAUCAAUGCUGGACAAGAGGUCGAGCUACACGGACCUGAGCAUACCAGCAGACCACCUCCUCCGGACCUCACCUGUAACGCGCCCCGGCUGCGGCCUCCAGAGGAUGACGAACAUAGACUCGAAUAAAUCCAUAUCAGUUUCUGGCAGAAGCAGCGAAGAGUUAAAGAGAGAUUUGUCGGUGACGGACACAUCAACGCCAUCGUCAAUCAUCGCUUUGGGCUCGUCUUCUCCCCAGCUUUCUUUGUCUUCAAACUCCUCCUCCCCGACCGCCUCCAUGACGCCCACCACGCGAGGACGUUUACGAAGACUCUUACUCGCUGUCAGGUUUGCCAGAUGUCUCUCUGUUUCACACUCUAUCUCGGUCUCUGUCUGAUCACUGCGGUGUUGACAGGCCAGUGUUUCGAUAAUGGAUGUCACUCGUUUACCUGUCCUGAAACCUGACCGUGGGUCCACCGUGGCUUUUGAAUAGGCCAUUGGAGGAAGACGAAUCAUUCUGCACUUUCCUUUAUUGUCAGAGCAUUUCCUUCUGGUCGUAGCAUUAACUUCCUUGCUGGAAAAAUCCAGCUAGAACCAACUUCUGAUGGUAGCUGGUUUUGCUCAAGUGCUGGUUGGUUGAAACUGGACAUUUAUGCAUGAA